CCACCUUGUAAAGACAAGCUAACGUUAAGAGAAAGAUGAAGACACAUGCACAGUGACAUCUGUAUUUAGGUUGUUAUAGUAGAGAGGACGGUGGAAAAGUAGGCGCAAAACCGGAGAGCGUUUUAAAGACAAGGAGAAGAACGCGUCCAUAAAUCAUUAUAUUAAUUAGCUUUCCUUGAGUUCGUGUGAAAGAGGGAAGAAGAUGGAAGGUGUGGUACACAGAAGAGUAGAAGUGAAUGGCAUAAAAAUGCACGUAGCGGAGAAAGGAGAAGGUCCUGUGGUGUUGUUCCUGCAUGGCUUCCCUGAGCUCUGGUACACCUGGCGCCACCAGAUCAUGGCUCUUAGUUCUCUCGGGUAUCGUGCCGUGGCUCCAGAUCUGCGUGGCUACGGUGACACGGAGGCACCACCUUCAAUGACUAGCUACAGCUGCUUUCACAUAGUGGGUGACUUGGUUGCGCUUAUAGACUCUUUGGGUGUGGAGCAAGUGUUCCUUGUGGCUCAUGACUGGGGUGCCAUCAUUGGCUGGUAUCUCUGCAUGUUUCGUCCUGAGAAAGUGAAGGCCUAUGUCUGCCUCAGUGUUCCUUUCCCCCGCAGAAACCCCAACGUCAAAACCGUAGAUGUCAUGCGUGCUAUGUAUGGAGACGACUACUAUGUCUGCAGAUUUCAGAAACCAGGCCAAAUGGAAGCUGAAAUGGCUAAAGUUGGCACCGAGUAUGUGAUUAAGAACAUCCUUACAACUCGAAAAACGGGUCCUCCAACCUUUCCCAAGGGAGAGUUCGGAACUGGAGUGAAUCCGGACAUGCCUCACACCUUGCCCUCUUGGCUCACACAAGAUGAUCUUGCCUAUUAUGUCUCCAAAUAUGAGAAAGCUAGCUUCACUGGAGCCUUGAACUACUACAGAAAUUUUAACUCAAAUUGGGAGUUGACGGCAGCAUGGAGUGGAGUGAAAAUAAAGGUACCGGUGAAAUUCAUAACAGGUGAGUUGGACAUGGUUUACACCUCGCUAGGCACGAAGGAGUAUAUCGAUGGUGGAGGUUUCAAGCAAGAUGUGCCCAAUUUGAAAGAAGUGAUUGUGCAGAAAGGUGUUGCUCAUUUCAACAAUCAAGAAGCAGCAGAGGAAAUCAAUACUCACAUAUACAAGUUUAUCAGCAGUUUUUGAUGUGAUUCAAAAACCUGGAACUAGUAGCAGGGUAGUGCUUGUGUGAAAUAAAGUGCAUGGUACCAGCUAAAUAAAAUUCCAAUCUGGUCAUGCAAAUAAUAUGUUAUAACAUAUUCACAUCAACAAAUUUAUCUUAAUAAUAAAUUAUGAAA